AGGUGGUGGAGAGUUGUGGACUGGAGKUGUUGCAAUAACCCGUUACUUUCUUUAAACAGCACGGCCAAGAAGGAGACACYUUUUUAUUGACAAUCACAAAGAAGUAGACCUUAACUUUCAAUAUGUACGUGUUAUUAUAUACCAUAUUGGCAGGAUUGGCUAUACUGCCACUUGUCCUUUAUCUCAGAAAUCCUUACUUUACGCAGGACCUGCGCUACACAGUGACUUGCAUCUUACUCGGGUUACGAAUUAACAGAAUCAAGAGGAGCAAACCGUUCUACAGCAUGCUGGACUGUUUUCUCGAUAAGGUCAAAAAACACCCCAACAAACAGUUUAUUGUAUUCGAGAAGAGUUCGUAUACAUACCGGGAUGUUGACAAGCAGAGCAACAAGUUGGCCCGGGCGCUCUCACAGCACGCCAGCGUGAAGGAAGGGGACACUGUCGCCCUCUUGAUGGGUAACGAGCCCAUGUAUGUGUUUAUCUGGCUGGCCCUGGCUAAACUUGGAUGUACAGCCGCUCUGCUCAACUACAACAUCAGGUCCAAGUCCUUAUUGCACUGUUUCACCUGCUGCGGAACCAACGUGCUCCUGGCUGCUUCAGAGUUGCGUGGAGCGGUAGAGGAG